AUGAUGUUGCUCGGGAGUCUAGUGCGAGCAUCCACGCUAUAUAAAUCUAAGGGUCUCACAUCUCGCUGGCGAAAUACUCUUGCCAAAGCGACACAAUUUAAGGUGCAGAUGCUUGAUGGUGAGGACGAAGGCAUCGUGGUCUUUAACAUGGACCGCCCUGAGGCGCGCAAUGCACUGGGUUCUCAGUUCAUGGCUGAGUUCCGCCAAGCUCUCGACCAAGUUCGUUACGAUCCAAAAGCUCGCGUGAUAGUUUUGCGAAGCGUCAUUCCCAAAGUCUUUUGUGCAGGGGCGGAUUUAAAGGAGCGUCUCACCAUGACGCAAUCGGAGGCGGCAGCCUGUUCGCGUGGCUAUCGUAUUGGCUUCACGGAUCUCGAACAACUUCCAAUGCCGACCAUUGCUGCCAUUGAAGGAGCUGCUCUUGGUGGCGGCUUGGAGAUGGCGCUUGCUUGCGAUCUUCGCAUUGCAGGCGCUAAGGCGAUUCUUGGAUUUCCAGAGACGUCCCUUGCGAUUCUUCCAGGAGCUGGUGGCACUCAACGCGCAUCCCGUCUGAUCGGCAUUUCUAAAGCCAAAGAGCUUAUUUUUACGAGCCGCCGCCUUGAUUCUAAGGCUGCUGAAAAAAUCGGCCUCGUCGACCAUGCCGUGCCUGAAGGCAUGGCAUACGACAGAGCGCUGGAACUAGCACGAGAGAUUCUUCCUAACGGACCGAUUGGCAUUCGCAUGGCAAAGGAAGCCAUAAUGAGAGGCUCUGAGGUAGAUAUAUCAUCCGGCAUGGCAUUCGAGAAUGCCUGCUAUGCUCAGGUAAUUCCGACAAAAGACCGCAUCGAAGGUUUGAAGGCAUUUAAAGAGAAGCGCAAGCCACAGUAUACUGGUGAGUAA